AAAAGCCAUGAGCUUGAACUUUUAUGGGUUUGUCUUCUCUUGUAUUCCCAUUUAUUAAAUCGUAGGUGUUGUGCUAUUCACAAUGUAGGUUACACUAAAUCCUUUUUUCCUCAUUUGCAUUAUUGUUAUGCCUUUGCUUCGCUGCUUUAUGUUGUUCGGUGUUUUUAUCAACGUUUUCCACCACUCAAACACUGCACUGUUAGAAAAAGAGGAUUUUUAUGAUGGAAAAUGUUUUUUAUUUCUAGAAUAACUUAACCAGUCAUAUAAAAAUUAGAAAUUUGUAAAUUUUUUCAUUUCUAAUUAAAAAAAGAAAGAAAUUUAUUUUGUUUCCACUAAUACCGGUUUUGUGUUAUUUAGUACCCUAACAUCCAGAAAUUAAGACUUAACAUACAUCGAUAUUUCCCUGAAAAAGGCUUGGUGGUUGUGCCAGCAUUAUCAUGGGUAUCAUCUAAAUUUUCUCAUUGGUGUUUGAGCAUUAUAAUUCAUUAUGUAUGUAUUUAUCCGUAUUAUGUCUCUAGUGAACUCCUCUGAUGCAUGAAUAACAAAUUUUUCCAGGGUAGUUUUGUUGCUUUGCUGGCUCCAAACUAGAGAGACAUUACUUGACAAUUUUGGAACUUGUAAUGUUAAUAAUGGAAUUGAUAAUGCGGCUGAUAUAGGGUUGUGCAGAGUAAUUUCAGUCAUUUUACUUCAACAUUUUUUGAAACAAAGACAAAAGGUGGAAUUUGGUUAUGGUUCAAUGAAUGCUGCUAUUCUGUUGUCCUCAACUUUUUGUGAGGAUUAGUCUUGUGGUACCUCCUCCCCUUGUAAAGGGAAGAGGUUGUACCUUUUACACCCUACCAGUUUUCUUGAUGCCUUGGUCAUAAUCAGAAAAAAUAGGAUUCACGAAAGAUAAAUUGUGUUUUAGCUAGAUCUACUGAAAUUUACAGUAAUGCAGAUGUGCAUUGGAAUUGAAGUGGAUGAAAUUGUCUUAAGAGGUUCAAAUUGAGAGUUUUUGGUUUUUUUAUAUUCAAAAUAACAUGGUGAGGGACUUGAAAUUUGCACAGGCUAUUUUAUUGUUAAAGUUCAUUACUUUUGAAUCUAAUUAACGCUUAGUUUGGCCAACUAUAUGCUAAUCAAAGUGUAAAAGUUUUUCUUUUCUCGCCUGCAGCUUCUGCACGUGGUGAAAACCCCACACAAAUUUGUUGUCAUCAUUUUUUUUAUAAGAUUUAUUCUUAAUUAAUGCAUAUUGUUUAUACAUUUUAGAUAUUCUUGUCAGAUGAUAAAUACAGUGUUUAAUUGGCAAGAGGAAAGUCAUGAACAUUGUAAACUUGUUAGAAGAUUUCCAUAAAGUCAUGCUGAACUUUCUUUAUUUUCUUUUUAGAGAUAAUGAAGUUCAACCUGAAAUGCUGUUCAUAUUUCAUUACAGGUUUUCUUCUUGACCCUGCAAAAUGUGGUGAUCUGAGUUUGCUAGACAAACAAAGACUAGUCCGUGAGAUUGCUGGACAGUCAACAGAUGCCCCAAGUAUGCUUCAGUCAUUUACACGCAGGGAACUUCUAGAAAUAAUCUGUGCUGAAUUAGGCAAAGAGAGGAAGUACACAGGAUAUACCAAGAGUCAAAUGAUAGAACAUCUUCUGAAGAUAAUCUCUAAGAAAUCCAACUUGCAUGUCAAUGGAAAUACUCUUGCCCAUUCUCCUGCCAAAAGUUGCAUUGGAUCUCAAAGGAAAAAACGACCUGCAUCUCAGGAUUUACAUCCUGCUCCUCUGGGGAACACUAAAGAGGAAACAGUGAAAAUCUUUUUGUGUCAGAAUGUUGCAUGCAAAGCUACAUUGAAUCCAGAAGACUCCUUUUGCAAGAGAUGUUCUUGUUGUAUAUGUCAUUGUUAUGAUGAUAACAAGGAUCCUAGUUUGUGGUUGACCUGCAGCCCCGAUCUUCCCAGUGAGGAGUCAUGUGGAAUGUCAUGCCAUUUGCAAUGUGCUUUGAGUAAUCAAAUGUCUGGAAUUUUGAAGGGCAGUUGUGGUGUAAAGUUGGAUGGAAGAUUCUAUUGUGUUUCUUGUGGAAAAAUUAAUGAAUUAAUGAAGACAUGGCGAAAGCAAUUAUUGGUUGCCAAAGAAGCAAGAAGAACGGAUAUACUUUCUUUGCGAAUAUCCUUGGCCUAUAGGAUUCUUGUAGGAACAGAAGUCUACAAGGAAGUGCAGAAAAUUGUAGAAACUGCUCUCAGAUUACUGGAGAAUGAAGUGGGAUCACUCGAUCAUGUAUAUGCUAGGAUGACCCGUGGGAUUGUGAGCAGACUCUCAUGCGGUGCUGAGGUUCAGAGACUGUGCUCUACUGCAGUGGAAUGUUUUGAUUCCAAGUUUUCUGACCUCUUCUCUAAUUGUGUGGUAAAGAAAGAUACGCCAACAUGCUAUAUCCGUUUUGAAGAGUGUCUUCCUACAUCAGUGGUCAUUGUGCUGGAAUACAAAGAUAAACUUCUAAAAAAUUUUCUAGGCUGCAGGCUUUGGUACCGAACAUCAACAAUUGACUACCCUGAACAACCCACCUUCAUUGUCUUGAGGCCUGAGAAAAGAUUCAAGUUGGAAAACCUCCAUCCUUCAACUGAGUACUUUUGCAAGGCUUCCGUGUUCAGUAGCACAGGGAUUUUGGGUGCUGCAGAAGCUAAAUGGGUGACACCUUGUGAACCCACAAAUUCUUCAAAAGUUAUCAGACAUGGUGGGAACCAUUUAAGACGGUCCCCUCAGAGAUCCCCAGGUACAGGUGUGGACAUACGUGCACAAGACCAAAUUAAGGUAACUGCUGAAAUUCAUCAAGUAGAAUCAGCUAACUCUGACAUUAAGUUAUCAACCGGAGAACAUCCUGCAAAACACCUCUUUUUGAACAACAGGAGCAGGUUCGAAGAGUUUCUCACCAAACCUCAAUCAGUUGAUCCUUUUUCUUAUAAAACUUUUGCUGCAGUUUCACCUUCCACACCAUCUAAAUCCAAUGAAAUGAGGCAACUUACCAGUCUGAGUUAUAGAAAGCGCUCUAAGGAAAAUGAUUAUGAGUAUUCUGUCAGGGUAGUCAAAUGGUUAGAGCAUCAAGGGCACAUAGAUGAAAUCUUCAGAGUAAGAUUUCUCACUUGGUUCAGCCUCAAGGCUACUCAGCAGGAGAGAAGGGUGGUUAGUGCUUUUGUUGAUGCAUUGAUUGAUGACCCAGCAAGCUUAGCAGAUCAGCUCAUACACACUUUCAGUGACGUGAUAUGUUGCGAGCAAAAAUCUUAG